CCUUUCUCUCCAUAAUAUAUUAUUUUUCCUAAUUUACAAAAACCCUUUUUUUAUUUUUAAAAAACUAUCCUAUUAAUUUAUCACACUUAAUCCUCUCCUCCUCCCAAUUCUUUUUAGGGUUUGACGAGAUGGACUCAGAGGAUGACAUGAUGGACGCGAACGACGUCGAAUCAGUUGACGAUGAUUUCUAUAGUGGUGACAUGGAGGAUGAUUAUUACAGUGAUGGUGUUUAUUAUGAUAAUGAUGAUGAUGAUGUUAAUGAUGAUGAUGACGGUCCUGAUUAUGAUUUUAUGGCUGAAGCUGUUGAUGAUCCCGAUGACUUGUCGUUCCGCUCUCAGCAAAGUUAUACAGUCUUGAAGGAAGAAGAUAUACGUCAACGCCAAGAAGAUGAUAUAACAAGAGUAUCUACUGUCCUUUCCAUAUCAAGAGUCGCAGCAAGCAUCUUACUCCGUCAUUAUAAUUGGAGUAUUAGUAAAGUGCAUGAUGCAUGGUUUUCUGAUGAAGAUGCUGUCCGAAUAUCUGUUGGCUUGCUAGACAAGCAAGUAGUUCAGUUUUCCAAUGCUCGAGAACUUACUUGUGGGAUCUGCUUUGAAUCCUUUCCUCGCAAUAAAAUUGUCUCAGCUUCUUGUGGCCAUCCUUUCUGUAAUACAUGCUGGUCAGGUUACAUUAGCACAACAAUUAAUGAUGGUCCUGGAUGUUUGAUGCUAAGAUGCCCUGAUCCAUGUUGUCGAGCUGCUGUUGGUCAAGACAUGAUCAAUUUGUUAGCCCCUGAUGAAGAUAAGGAGAAAUACUCUCGGUACCUCCUAAGGUCCUAUGUUGAAGGCAACAGAAAGACCAAGUGGUGUCCUGCUCCAGGAUGCGAGUAUGCUGUUGAUUUUGCUGCUGGCAGUGGAAGCUUUGAUGUCUCCUGCCUCUGUUCACAUAGCUUUUGCUGGAACUGUGUGGAGGAAGCUCAUCGUCCAGUAGACUGUGGCACUGUUGAAAAGUGGAUUUUGAAGAACAGCGCUGAGUCUGAAAACAUGAAUUGGAUACUUGCUAAUUCCAAACCUUGUCCAAAAUGCAAGCGACCAAUUGAAAAAAACCAAGGGUGCAUGCACAUGACAUGCACCCCUCCUUGUAAAUUUGAAUUUUGUUGGCUGUGCCUUGGUGCAUGGUCAGAUCAUGGUGAGCGGACAGGUGGUUUCUAUGCUUGUAACAGAUACGAGGCAGCCAAGCAAGAGGGAGCAUAUGAUGAGUCAGAGAGGAGGCGAGAAAUGGCAAAAAAUUCUUUGGAGAGAUACACCCAUUAUUAUGAACGAUGGGCAAGCAAUCAGUUGUCGAGGCAAAAAGCUCUUGCAGAUUUGCAUCAAAUGCAGACUGUGCAUCUUGAGAAGCUGAGUGACGUACAUUGCACACCUGAGUCUCAGCUGAAGUUCAUAACGGAAGCCUGGCUUCAGAUAGUUGAAUGCAGGCGAGUUCUGAAAUGGACAUAUGCAUAUGGGUUUUAUCUUCCUGAGCAUGAGCAUGCCAAGAGACAGUUUUUUGAGUACUUGCAAGGUGAGGCUGAGUCCGGUUUGGAAAGGCUUCAUCAAUGUGCAGAGAAGGAACUACAACAGUUUCUUGCUGCUGAUGGCCCAUCAAAAGAGUUCGAUGAGUUCCGGACGAAAUUAGCUGGGUUGACCAGCGUGACAAAAAAUUAUUUUGAGAACCUGGUUAGAGCAUUAGAGAAUGGUCUAGCAGAUGUGACUCAAGCUGCUUGUAGCAAGACCUCAAGCUCAAAAAAUGCCAGUGUCAGCAAAGGGAAAGGUGGCAAGGGAAAGGGUGGUAAAAUGGGUGGUUCAAGCAAAAAUGGAGAUGAUUAAUCUUCCAAUUCCAAUUCCAAGCUGCUUCCACAUGACAGGUAUGCUGCCGCAGCCAUCUAAACUUCAAAACCUUUGUGCCCGUGGAAGCUGGAACCUUUUAGGAACAAGUACUCUCCAAGCAAGUUAAAAGAAGGAUAAUUGCUCUUUCAUUUUUUGGUUUGAUGGCUCAUCCUUUCCAGAGGCUGCUCAAUGUGUGAAUGGUUAGUAAGAUGUCAACGGACUGGAAGAAUAAAAACAGCUUCUCAUUCAAAUCUGUGUGGUUUUGCCGCAAGCGCCAUGCUUGGUGUACUGUAUAUAGUUGUUGUCUGUUUACUGACAUAUCGAUCUGCAACCUGCCUUUGUUGCUGGUAAUUAUAUGUAUAGGGAACACUUUUAAUCUGUGAACGAUUUACUCUUUUGUGAAAAAGUAAACUGAAACUUCAACGGACUUUGCUUUGAA